AUGAGUGACGGCAUAGAUAAAUUUUGUUUACACCGGAGUGAGCACAGUGUGGCCACGCAGGAGGUCCCGGAUAAAUUAUGGGACAGUGCUGAAGGUAAAAAUUUUAUUUCAAAGCUAAGGGUAACGUGGGUCCAACAGUAUGGAGCGGGAGGCUCCCAGACAGACACACAAAUUAAUAAAGCGAUGUGGGAUAAAAUGGACAAAUUGAAAAAUGAGAUUGCGAAGAAUAUGAAAGGGGACAAGGAUGAGGACGACGGCAUACCAGAAAUAAUGUGUGGUCAGGUGGAGGGGCACAAUGGCGUAAAUUUCGCUGAGAAGCAGAAAAAAAUGUGCGCAUUACUACUAAGGUUAAUGUUCUACAUAGAAGGUUUAAACGGUGAUGGUUCAAUAGUCCAUGAAGGAGGGGGUAACACAAGUAUGAACCAGUUAGAAGAAGGAAUGAAAUGUAUAAUAGGAAGUGUAUAUAUACAGAAAAUAAUGCAGCUGGCAUGCUGGGAGCAGCGUAUUCGCGACCAUGCACUGAACGCCGUGGACGGACAUGUAAAUGAAAUGCUAACAGGAAGACCAAGCAGAAGCAGGCAGUGUGUGCAUUGGGAAUUUGGGAAUACAUGCGUAGGGGGUUUUAUUCCUGAAUCGAAAAUUACGCAAUGGAUGGUGGACGAUAGUAGUGUUACGCAACGCGCGCAGGGUGCCGGAAACGCGAAAUCAGGACCUGGGGAACAAGGAACACCACCACCCGCCGCGGCCAAACCAGUAGCGGCGAAACCGGUGCCAACGAAGGAGGCGACAACGACGGUAGCAACGACGACCUCAUCUGGUGGUGGUGGUGGUGGUACGGGCCGUGCUGCCGCUGCCGGACCGAAGGAAGGAGUGCAGACUGCCCCAGCAGGGGAAUGUCAAGGGGACAGAUUAUUGGAGUGGAAGCAUAAGACAGUGUACGUGGUGAAAAGUUAUAGUGCAGAACAAUGGAAAAAGGUGAAGACGGUGCUGGAUGCGUUUAAGAACUACAUGCAGCAAGGAAAACAGCAUAUGGAUGCAUACGGUGCCAACUGUUAUAAUGUAGGCUGGGAUGAUUUCAAGGAAGAUGGGCAUUAUUUCAAGGGCCAAACAGUAGCGGACGUAGUACGGUGCAGACUUAUGAGUGUUGCACUCGGAUGGGCAAAUGGCUGGAACAACAGUAAACAGGACAAACAUAAACAGGAGAAGAACCAGACAGAGAAGGGAAUGGAAGAGAGGCUACGGUGUGAAGUAGUGAAUGUAUUUGGACAUCUACUGCGAGCAAAUUAUUGUCCCGACCAGAAACACUGGAGACGAGGUACAGAGUAUGCUUUUCAGACAUUCACGCAGAUGAAGACCCCGCCACAAGGUGGAGCUCCAGGCAUUGAGGGUCCUGUUGUCGACGGACUGUGUACCAUGUGUGGGUAUGGACAUAAAAUGCAGCACGUAGACGCCGCAGAUUUGGACAUAGUAAACUGGUUAAUGCAGGACGGGAACAUAUUGGCAGGAAUGGAUAAAAUAGAAGACGGGGCUGACUGUAAUACGAAGUGGGCGCAAUAUACAGCAACCAAGAGGAAGGCUAAUGACAACAGUAAAGUGGACGAAACGCAAAUCCCUGAAAUAAAAGAAACCGAGAAGAAGAUAGUGCAGGAAGCAACAAGGGUAAUUGAGAAGGCCAAGGAAGUAGUGGAUUCGAAAAUUAGGGAAUUGGAAGGUAAGAACACGCACCAGGAUGACAUUGCAACAAACAACACUGCUGCUUCCACAUUACAAAUAAAGAACAAUGUUGCUAGAAAUUUAGCUAUGACAAUUGAAGAAGCAACUCCAUCAACACAUAAGUCUCAACUAGAACAUAUCGCGCGCGUCGACAGUGAACAUACCGGGGACCACGUUCCUGCAGGACUAACGCAAGGCGUAGGGCAUCUAGAACAGGAGGACGCAUCCUACGGUAGCUACCUGCAGGACCGUUACGAUGUAACAAAGCAUGGUGAUGACUCUAGCUCACGAUCUAGAAAGAGUAGUCUCCGCGACAGUUCAAAGAAGAAAUCGAAAAGUACGAUGGAUCGUGGUAACGUGGACAAAUCCAACGCAUCUUUAAACUUGAAUAAUUUUGCGGAUAAUAACGGGGAAAGAACAUUUGAUGCAUCAACGAAUUUUGGGAGCACAGAGAGUCUAUUGGAAGAACGAGCCGAUGAUGAUGAUUUUGGUCAUGACAGAAAGUUUGGCGCAUCCGCGCAUUUUGGCAGCAUGGAUAGUAUAUUCGAGAAAGGAGCCGAUGACGAUCAUGUUAGCGAUGACACGAAGAUUGGUGAAUCCACGCAUUUUGGCAGCACGGACAGUAUAUUCCCAGAAGGAGCCGAUGCAGACGAUUCUAACAGAAUCCAGGAAAUUACAGAAUCCGUGACCUUUGACAGCACGCACAGUCUGUUCGACAAACGGGAUUAUAAUGAUGUCGAAGAAAAAAAAGAAUGGUUGCAUCAUCAGAAUAUCAUAAUACGGCUACCACACUUUCUACUACAGACGGAUUGCAUGUACACGUCGACGUUAGGAGUUAUGCACACGGUGCACGACAGAAGCAUACACUCUAUUGCAGUCACCGUGGCGAUUCCCUGA